AUCAAAAAAAAUUAUAUCAUUUCACUACGACGGCAUUUUAUUUAAUGCUGUCGUUUAAUAAAAGGAUUAUAGAUAUUCAUAUAUAAAAAUGAUAUUAUUAGCAUUAUUUUUAUGUGGCCUUACGAGCUCGUGGGCUGAUCCCCGAGUAAUAGAGCCGCCCCUACGAGUGGAUAUGCCCCCCCCGGAAGGUUCAGGGAGGAUCCUUACCAGAAAUGUUGUUACCACUUUUGUCACCAUGCCUGUAGACCACUUUGAUCCGCUGAACAAAGAUACUUUUCAAAUGCGUUUCAUGUACAACGAAGUUUUCUUCGGUGGUAACGGCUCUCCAGUAUUUAUACUGGUUGGUGGAGAAUGGAAUAUUGCACCAGGCUGGCUUCUCGCAGGCAACAUGUUCCAGAUGGCAAGCGAGAAUAAUGGCUUCAUAAUAUACACUGAACAUCGAUACUAUGGACAAAGUUUACCUUACCAAAAUUUCACAACUGAAAAUUUACGUUUUCUGAACGUCGACCAGGCGCUAGCAGACCUAGCCUACUUCAUUAGAGACGUUGUACGGACACAAGAACGUUUCGCAAACAGUAAAAUUAUUCUUUACGGUGGUUCUUAUGCAGCAAAUAUGGUGUUGUGGUUUAAACAACGCUAUCCACAUCUCGUAGAGGGUGUUGUUGCGUCUAGUGGACCUAUUCUGGCCAAGGUGGAUUUCACUGGGUACCUGGAAGUAGUUCACGAAGCGUUUCAGUUAGAGGGAGGCGAUCAAUGUAUUGCGAUCAUAAGGCAAGGAAUAGAGGAUACCGUAACGGCGAUGCAAACUGAAGAAGGUAGAAAAUUGCUUGAAAAAAAUUAUAGAUUAUGCUCGCCGCUUAAUUAUGACAAUAAGUAUGAUUUAGGUUAUUUCUCCGGACUGAUAAGUUGGACUUUCUCAAACUCGGUGCAGUCUGCGCGUCCUGGAACGCUGCUCAACAUUUGCAAUAAUUUCAAGAACAAUGCUUAUGGUUCGACUCCUAUGGAACAAGUAGGAGGUUAUAUCGCUGCAAGCAGAGGCAUAACUACAUGUUGGACCAUAUUAUACGAUGAUUUAGUUAAUAUUUAUAGCGGUAACACGAAUUCACGCGCGUGGUACUACCAAACAUGCACGGAAUACGGAUACUUCCAGACGACUCCGAAAAUUGGCACUGUGUUUGAUCCGUUAAUAUGGCUCGAUGUCGAUUUCUACGUCGAUAUUUGCAAGAAAGCUUAUGAUCCGAAGUUUGAUGAAGCAUUCGUAUAUAACGCGGCAGACCGCGUGAACACAGUCUUCGGUGGCCUGGAACCAGAUGUUAACAACACUAUUAACAUUCACGGAUAUAUCGACCCCUGGCGGGCCUUGGGCGUCUACGAGCAAGACUUGAAGGAGAGCUCUCCUACUUAUACAGUUCCCAGAGCAUCUCAUUGCUUCGAUAUGCAGAGCUGGCAUGCGACAGACACAAUCAGGAUAUCGCAAAUCCAACAACGAGCAAGAACUAUUGUUGCAGGAUGGCUAUCAUAAAUAUAAAAUCAAUAUAAAGUCAAGAAACUUAAAAAGUUUAAUAUUACCAAAUCUAGUUUACAGUAAUUUUGUUUCAUACAUUUUAUAUAGAGGAGCCUAAUGUCCCCAAAAAAAUAUUUUUCAGGUUUCAUCGAAAUUACUCCCAAUCGAUCUCAAGUCCCAAAUACUCCCAAGUAUCAACUCAUAACGUAUCAACUAAGUAUUAGUAUUUUGUGCAAUAGUGACACAUACAUUAUUGGUCUUCCAUACAUGAUCGACGACUGUGUUAAUGUUUCAUUAGCUUGCAAUUUACGUUGAAUUUUGAGAAGUGGUUCAACUCUCCCAUCUGGGCACGUCUCCCGGACUCCCCCUACUAAUAACGGUAUGAAGAUUAGGUGUAUUGUUAUACCUAGUUCACUUUGAGUAGUAGGUAAUUACGAAAAUACCACUAAGCAAAGUGGGUGCGACAACGCAUACGCUGGGCACGCUCCCAUACAAACCGUUUUCGGUGCAUAUGAAUGAAGAGAACGUACUCUAUAUUAUACUCUGGCCGUAUUAAGUAGUGAGCCAUUUUAAACAGCUAUAAAGAGUAGGCACAUUACUAUACCUUAUACUUUUGAGUAAGUAAUUACGAGAAUACCAAUAAGAAAGAAAAUUAUCUAUGAAAGUAGAGCAAACAUUACGUGAAACAUUACUGACGUACAUGGCAGACAAUUCCACUAUGACUAAGCAAUAAACCACGACCCUAUAAAUAUUUUGGGAAUUGUUUCCUGUUCCACUUUGCAUGCGAGUAGCGACACUGUCCUUGUUUCCAGGUACUUAAACAUUAUGUACACGUUGCAUAAAGUUUAGAUAUGUAACUACCUACAUUGAUUUGUAGCAGCUUUAAAUUGGUUUUUUUCGCAAUUGAAAUGAAAAGCAUACUGUAAUCCCCCCCCCCCCAUACACAAAUAUCGGUGACUAUAAAUAAAAGGUACACGGUAGCAAUUCCGUAGAAAACUAUCAUUCUAAGGCCCUAAGCACAUGGAGUAUUAUAAACGCGCAGAUCACGCGCUUAUACGCACGAGACUUCAAACGAGAUUUGAACGCAACCAUCUGACUUAUGAACACGGGUUGAUCGUGUAACGUGCGUCUACUGCACUUAAUCGAGCAGAUACAGACAUCCAGCACACAAUAAAAUAUCUUUCCAACUGCGGCGCGUACGGUGCGGUGACGUGUGCACGCGCCUCUCUUCUUCAGCAUAUACGGCGCAGAAAACGCGCAUUUCAGGAACGCAAUCAUUUUAAUUCCUUGUUUAAACAGUGAACAAGCCAGGCGCUACGAACAUAGGGUACAACUCAUAUCCAUUAGAAAAUUAUUUGAGCUUUGGGAAAUACUCGAACCCAUAAUGCUUUUCCCCGCUAUGAAAUAAGUCUUUUGUAGUAGCUCUUAAAACAUUCUUAGCGAUUUAAACCUUUUGGACACCAAAUAUUUUUUUACACGGAAUCCUAUAAUAAAACAAAACCAAGGUUUAAUGUAAAAUUUAUUAAAGGAAUUAUAUACAUACCUACAU